AUGGACCCUCCAACGCAGGAGAGCGUGCCCGAAAAGACCAUUCCAGAGUCUAUAAAGACAAACGUUUCCACCACCGACAAUGUCGGUCGCCCCUCAACCACGGAAAAAGACACGAAAGACGCCGAAGCCGCGACCCCAGAAACACCCCGCUUUCCAGAAACCGAUCUCGGUCGUGGAAUUGUUGGCUGGGACAGCCAGGAUGACCCCAAAAACCCUCAGAAUUUCCCCUCGGGCCAGAAAUGGGGUUUGCUUGCGUUGAUGAGCGGCAUCACCUUUGUUUCGCCGCUCGCGUCGAGCAUGUUUUCGCCGACUGUCAGCUAUGUCGGCGAAGAUCUGGGGGUUGAAAACGAGACGCUGCUUUCUUUUAGUAUCAGUAUCUACUUGUUGGGAUAUUCUUUUGGUCCACUCCUGCUCGCCCCCCUGAGCGAGAUCUAUGGACGCCGAAUCGUGCUCAGCGGAGCCAACUGGUUUUUCGUCGUCUGGCAGAUUGGUUGUGCCCUCGCGCCCAAUAUCCAGAGCUUGAUUAUAUUUCGGCUGUUUGCCGGUAUUGGCGGCUCCGGUUGCUUGACCUUGGGAGCGGGUGUGAUCGCUGACCUCUUUCCCAUCGAGAAGCGCGGUCUGGCAACUUCUCUAUGGAGCACGGGUCCUCUAAUUGGCCCUGUGGUUGGACCGGUUUGUGGAGGAUUCAUUGGCGAGACCAUCGGUUGGCGGUGGGUGUUCUGGGUGCUCUUGAUGGUUGGAGGCGUUAUGUCGACCGGGAUUGAACUCCUCAACCAGGAGACUUAUGCUUCGGUUCUCAUCCGGUGGAAAACCGAGCGCUUAGCAAAAGAGCUUGCUCGGGGGGACCUCCGCAGUGCAUAUGCAAAGGAAGGCGAUACGAAUUCUGUCACAGCGACGUUGAAGGUUGGCUUGAUGCGGCCGAUCUUGCUAUUCUGCAAGUCGCCCAUCGUCUUCCUACUCUCAAUGUAUAUGGCGGUGGUAUACGGAAUGCUUUACUUAUUUUUCACGACGAUUCCAACGGUCUUCAAGCAACAGUACGGAUUCUCUAACGGGUUAUCAGGGCUGGCAUACUUGGGCAUCGGCGUUGGCUUCUUUGCCGGGUUAAUAUCGACCGCACUCACCAACGACCGGACCAUGUUGAAAAUGAAAAAGCGCAACGGCGGCAAAUUCGAGCCAGAAAUGAGACUGCCGAUGAUGAUUUUCUACGCUGCCUUCUGUCCCAUCAGCUUCUUCUGGUACGGUUGGAGCGUCGACAAGGAUGUUCACUGGAUUGUCCCCAUUAUCGGCAUGAUGCCCUUUAGCUUUGGCAUGAUGGGUUUGUACCUCCCCAUUCAAACAUAUGUUAUCGACUGCUACCCGGGCUACGCGGCGUCAGGCAAUGCAACUCUCACGGCUUCCCGAUCAUUAGUGGGUGCGUUGCUUCCACUGGCCGGGCCGAAACUUUUUGCGACGCUUGGUUAUGGAUGGGGUAACUCACUGCUGGGCUUCCUUUCAUUGGCAUUCGUUCCCAUACCCAUUAUUUUUUCCAGAUAUGGCAAAGCCAUUCGGGAGAAAUACCCGCUACAACUGUCAUAG